AUGCCCGUUGUAUCGAGUGCUUCGGAGGCCUCAGAUCUCAAUGUCAACCUCAUUGAACCCAAGAGCAAGAAGAAAACCAACCGAUUGCUUCGCCUCUUUUCUCCUAAAGCCAGAGAUGAAAAACCCAAAGUGCCGAGGGAGUCUCUCAGUUCGGCAUCCGUGUCUACACAGAAAACCCCGGAGACACCUCGACGUGAUCUUACACAAUGGUGGGAAGGAUUCAAGCGUAGUUCUGACGCUAAUACGCCUACGUCUGGAAGAACCGCACAAAGAGUGUUUGGGGUUUCCCUGAAUACCAUGAUUCCAUAUGCCAACGUGGCUAUCUCGCUAGUUGACGAAGACGGGAAGAGCUACAUCUACGGCUAUGUUCCCAUAGUUGUCGCAAAGUGUGGGGUGUUUCUCAAGGAGAAAGGUACCGAGGUAGAGGGCUUAUUUGUGACGCCUGGUUCGCCUCAGCGUAUCGCAGAGCUGAAAGAUAUAUUUGAUACUCCCGAUAGGUAUGGGAAAGGCCUCGAUUGGGUAGGGUACACCCUUCACGAUGCCGCUGGUGUCUUUAUGCUCUUCCUGGCAAGUCUACCAGAACCGGUCAUUCCGUGUGAAUUGUACCAGGCGUUCCGAGCAGUCGAUAUUUACGAGAAAGAGGGUAUCGCCAAGCUCGUGAAGGAGUACCAGUCGCUUAUCAAGCUGCUUCCCCCUUUGAAUAGGCAGCUUCUUUUGUACCUUUUGGAUUGCUUUGCCGUUUUCGCAUCUAAGAGCGAGCUGAAUAAGGCCACAAGCGAUGUCUUAGCAUCCAUUUUCCACACGAGCAUUCUUCGGAGGUCUAAUGACUUUGACCACGACGUAAAUCCGGAGUUUUUGAUCUUCAGCAAGGAAACCCUCGUUUUUCUUAUCGAGAACCAAGACCAUUUUCUCAUUGGAAUGGAAUCAUCCUCGGAUACUGUUGAAGAUAGCGGCACCACGACCAACGAAGUGCCUGACUGA